UUCUUGCCAUAAGUCAUGGGAACAAGCUGCUCACUGACCUGUACAACUGCCACCUGAGCAAGGUCUACACUGUUGGUGGACUGUUUGGCAAAGCCACCGAUGACUUCUCAGACACAGGGAAGCUGGUGGAGAAGACAACAUUUGAUCACAUCACAAGGGAGAAGCUGGAGCGGAUUCUCGCCGUCAUUCAAGGAUCAAAUCAUAAGGCCCUGCUGAUGCAUUCUAACAUUGAUAUGAAAACACAAGAGGCCUACGAGCUGGCUGUCAGAGGCUUGAUCCGCCCCAUGGGGAAAAGCCCUCCCAUAAUCACAGCAGUCCGAUGCCUCCAGUUUGCACCUCCAGAAUUCCAGCUAGAAAUCCAUUGCUUGCAUGAGACCCAGCAGUACCUGCGGAAGAUAGUUCAUGAGAUUGGCCUGGAGCUGAAGUCGUCUGCAGUGUGCACCCAAGUGCGCAGGACACGCGAUGGUGUCUUCACACUGGACGAUGCUCUCCUGAGGAGCCAGUGGAACCUGCAGAGUAUACGCAGUGCAAUCUGGAGCUGUCAGCUUAAGGUGCAGGCAGAGAUAGAGAGAACGUUGGGCCAUCAGGGUGACAGUAACUCAUCAGGACGUGGAGAUGGCCCACGCUGCAGACAGCUGAGUGUGCGCGGCGCAGGGAGCGUCCACAAGCAAUCUCUGGAGCACAGUAACGCAGCUACACGCUGACAGGGUGAUGGACAGCAGAAGGAAAGAGGUUAA